AUGUCUGCCCACUACAACUCCUACGCCAUCCCCAUGCCCGUCCCCAACCACAAGGGCCAACAAUACCCCAGCUACAGCAGCACCUACUCGGUCUCGCCCCCAGAGACGGACGAGUCCGUCAGCUCAGGAACCGGAGCCUCAUACAGCAACAGCGGAUACUCUGGCGGCUACUCGGUUGCCAACUCCAGCUACGCCGGCAGCAACAGCGGCGACUUUGACAGCCACCACUCGGCCAGCGGAGUCGACUUCAACGACUACAUGCAGGACCGCUUCGCCCAGACCUUUGACCCCAUCCCUCUGGAUCGCAACAUUGCGGUCCAGGCGCAAACAUCCGGCAAGCUCAACGCAAAGCACCGUGAGCUGCUGGAACUCCAGAAGAAGGCGCAAGCCCGUCUCGCAAAGACGCGCGAGCGCUUCAACGAGGGCUACCGUGACGCUCAGGACGUGCGCGCGGACCUCGAGUGGACGCAGAAGAAAGUCUCAUCGCUGAAGAGCAAGACUUCCCGCAAGCACACCAAGGAGUACAACAAGGCGCGCGCUCGCUACCCUUCGCCCGAGUACUAG